GGACAGAGCUUCUCGUGGCGACGUACCCUGGAACCAUAACCUGCGCAGCAUCUCCCGUCGCUCUUCUCUGGCAAAGUCAAUGGAUAAGAAUGGAUUCCGAGUCGUCUUCACCUUCUCGCCAUUGAAACUCUGAAGACGGACCUCGAUCGAAAGCCAUGGGAUUCGCUUCGGCCAUUCAGAGCUGCGCGCGAAGCCCUCGUCUCUUCUCUCCGCUGCCGCGCGGGACUUCACGGCCGCCGCCGUCGCCGUCGCCGUCGGUUCAGCUCUCGUCUCGGUCCGCCUGCGCUCGCAUUCCCUCUCUGAUCGCAGAUAAUCGAACCCGCCAUGGCCACUGCGCUCCUGUCUCUUGCUUGAGAAAGACUGAGCAGGAGGACGAUUUAUCCACCUCUGGAGAUGCAAAAAAGAGCAAGUUGUACAAUGACGUAAACAAUGCUGACCAGCGUCAAUUGCCAAAGAAAAGGGAUCAGGAGAAGGAAAACUAUAUCUCAUCUGUUGGAACUGUUGCUCUAUGUGUAAGCACUGCAGUGGCUUUUGGGGUUGGUAUAGGCUUGAAGGAUGGUGUUGGCAAGGCAUCUGAGUUUUUUGCUGGGUACAUAUUGGAGCAGAGUUUGUCUGUAGACAAUCUGUUUGUCUUUGUUCUUGUUUUCAAGUACUUCAAAGUGCCAAUCAUGUAUCAGAACAGGGUACUUUCUUAUGGCAUUGCCGGGGCUAUAAUUUUUCGUCUGACAUUAAUAAUACUUGGGUCAGCCACCUUACAGAGGUUUGAGGGAGUAAACCUACUUCUGGCUGCAAUACUUCUGUACUCGUCAUUUAAGUUGUUGACCAGUGAAGAAGAUGACAGCGACCUAUCUGACAACUUUAUAGUGAAGACAUGCCGGAAAUUUAUCCCAGUCACAAGUAGCUAUGAUGGUGACCGAUUUAUAACAAAUCAGAAUGGCUUGUGGAAAGCCACUCCUUUGCUUCUCACAGUAGCAGUCAUUGAGCUCAGUGACAUAGCAUUUGCAGUUGACUCAAUACCGGCAGUGUUUGGUGUUACACGGGAUCCUUUCAUUGUGUUCACAUCUAAUCUGUUUGCGAUAUUAGGUUUAAGGUCACUUUACAGACUCAUUUCUGAGGGUAUGUCAGACUUGGAAUAUUUACAGCCAUCCAUCGCUGUUGUGCUGGGCUUCAUCGGGUCUAAAAUGAUCCUAGAUUAUUUUGGUUUCAAUGUAUCGACAGAGGCUUCUCUCGGUGUUGUAGCAACAUGCUUAAGUGCUGGAGUAGUGUUAAGUCUUCUCAAGAAAUCUGAUUAGCCAAACAUGCAGUUUAAGCAUAUAGCUGCCUCAGGUUUUUUGUGUGGUGCGGUGACUCUCCAACAUUCUUGAGCUCCUCUGGAAAUGGCGGUAAACAUUUGGGGGGAAUUUUCAGAAUUACAUGACCCUGCAUUAUGAAUAUACAAUCGCGUCGGUACCACCAGAUGUCCACAGAUUUCCAGGAACUCCUUUUGCCCUUCCAAAAGGGAGAACACGUGAGGAAGUGAAGAUAGAGAACAUAGUUGAUAGGUUGAAUUUCACUUGUGUAACUGGCUCAAUGCUUCAAAGUGCAAGAGCGCUUUUACAUUGAUUGGUGAAGCAUACAUGAUGCCCUCGCUGAUCCAAUGUGUUUCUUGGUUACUGUUCAGGUAUUUGAAUAAGAUGUCCAAAGAACUGCGUGGUGGCAAUUCUUUUUUAGUGUUGAUGCCAAAAAUUUGUUGCUUUGC